UAUAGGCUUUUGGGUAAGCCGGUUAGCUCGCUUUUCUCUCGUACAGCAAUUGUUUUAUGUUUUUCCGGGAUUAAGAUAAACAUUGGAAGAAGUGACAAAUUUCACUUUCAGGGCGUGAUCUCCGACUGACAUGGCGGAAAUCAGGAGCGUCGGUGUGGUUGGAGCCGGUCAGAUGGGCUCCGGGAUUGCCCAGCUGGCCGCCGUUAAUGGCGUCGACGUCUGGCUUCAUGAUACUGAUGCUGAAGUUCUCGGGAGAGCCCAGACUUCCAUUUCGAAAAAUAUCCAGCGUCAAGUCUCGAAAGGAAGCAUUUCCCAGGAUAAUGGUGCCGAUGCUAUUAGGCGUUUGAAGUUUACUACCAAGUUGAGUGAUUUUCAUUCUGUUGAUUUGGUGAUUGAGGCUAUUGUGGAGUCAGAGGAUGUGAAAAAAGGUGUUUUUGCUCAAUUGGAGAAAAUUGUGAAAAGCUCUACCAUCCUGGCAUCCAAUACCAGUUCCAUCUCCAUUACUCGUUUAGCCACAGCAACUAGUCGGCCGGGCCAGGUAAUUGGUAUGCAUUUCAUGAACCCUCCACCAAUCAUGAAACUAGUGGAGAUCAUUAGAGGGGCAGAUACAUCUGACCAAACGUAUGAUGCUGUUAGAUGCUUGGCUGAAAGGUGGGGAAAGACAGUAAUUUUUUCCAAUGACUAUCCUGGCUUCAUUGUGAACCGCAUUUUGAUGCCAAUGAUAAAUGAAGCAUUCCACACACUUCAUACGGGAGUCGCCACUAAGGAAGACAUUGAUACAGGAAUGAAACUGGGUACUGGCCAUCCAAUGGGUCCUCUAGAACUCGCUGAUUUCAUUGGACUUGAUGUUUGCUUGUCAAUAUUGAAAGUCCUUCACGCUGGCCUUGGGGACAAUAGAUAUGCCCCUUGCCCUCUUCUUGUGCAGUAUGUGGAUGCCGGUCGACUUGGCAGGAAACGUGGUAUUGGGGUCUACAACUAUAGUACAGGACCCAAGGAGAUAAAACCAGUGGCUCAACUUUAACUCUGUUGAAGUGUGGUAACUUGAAGGCAUCUCAAAAUAAUUGUCAUUGCCCCAUAAUUUGUCAUGAUAGCAUGAGCUUCCGUAGUUCUGAAGGUAUGAUUAUUCUGUAUGUAGAUACUUCCACACUUAAGUUCAAUAAUCUCGCUGUAAUGUACCCUUAGAAAUGUGAAGUACACAGGAUCAAUGUACUUAUGCAGAGAUGGAGAAGAAAAGCGAUUCCGCAAACUUAUAUAUAGUAGAUAUUUGGUGUGAAACAAAAUGUUUGAGCCCUCACCGCUAAUCUACCAAAUUUACCAGUCUUCUCUUAGUAUGCAACUGUUGUUAGUCAAUCAAAUAGGGAUCCAAUCACUGUAUGUGCUCUAUUUUAGCUUUAAUUGUCAUGCUCCUUGGGUACUAUAUUAUUAAGAUAGCCCCUCAAUAAUAUGAUGCUUUUCUCGAUUGUGCUUGCCAGUUGCCUCUAAAGUCUAGCCAAACCUAAAUUUCUUAUAUGCUGUUGAAUGCACCAGAAAAAGUAGCCCAUGCUUUUCAAUGUUUAUGGCCUAGCAAGGCCCACAAAAGUUCCCUGUUCUGGUUAGGAUAUUCAUAAUUCAUCCAAUUCUGAAUGUCUCAAUCACACUUUCCACUCCCUAGCUGUCUUCUCUAUAGCCAUGUGGGAUGGUGAGAGUGAGUGAAAAGGAAUCCAAAGGACGGAAAAUGAUGCCAUUCUCUUUCUCUUAAAAGAGGACUGAAAGAAAACCAGGACAAAAAGGAAGAGGGGCUUUUGUUUAUUUGAGUGGCAAUCUGCACCUCAUAUGAGAUUUUAGUGGGGAGGAAGAACGAAAGAAAGAAGGGAAGUUAUGAAGUUCUUGUUUCAGUGCCCAUGUUGCUCGUGUUUCUGCUUCAUGAAGCCUAAGAAAGGGAAACCAAAGGUGAAAGAUUCCAAGGCAGAGGUGAAGGAAGCGGCUAAGGAGGAAGUGAAGGAAGCAAAAGCAGAGUAAUUAAGCGCCAAUUGAGUAAAAACAUUCUUUCUUUUGUCUCUACAUUUUGGUUUCUUGGUUGCGCAUUGUUAGUAGAAACCCGCAAUUCUAUGUGCUUCUAAUCAUGUAUUGAGUGGUAAGAUUCUGCCUGGAUGCUUUUAGAUGAUUUAAGGGGAUGAACUUCCUUUGAAUGUUGAAGGAAUGGUAAUAAAAUGUCACAUGUAAGCAAUUUGACAUUCUAAUUAAUGCAAGUAUUCUGCUAUCCUCUUUUAUUAGUAUGAUUGGUUAGAAAUGGUUCUCUCCUUGAGGUUGAGGGCCCUCUUCUCGGUUCUCUAUCGCCUCUACUGAAUGCAGUAGAUGAUGAUUCUAUUAUCUCAAAUGGGCCGCGAACGGCAAGAGUUAGGGUUGAUUAGAUUCACGUUCUUAUGGAGACUCUGCAUUUCUUUUUCUUUUACGGAGUCAUAUUAUGGUUGAGCAUGACGAAGACAUUUCUCGACGAGGAUUAAGUCAAACCAAGAAUAUGUGUACUGUAUUUGCUAGACUCUAUUUUAACUUACAAAUGGUUUGUCUUUGAGGAACAAUUCACCGGAAAGUGCAUAAGAUCUUACCUGAAUGGCUGAAUUCGAUCCUCAAUUUUUUUAUUUUUUGGGUAGAAAUCGAUCCUCAAAUUACUUUAUAAGUUUGUAAUGUUAGCUACUUAUGUAGAGUGAAGACGGAAGCAGUCAGUUUUUGCCAAGCGACCAGUGUUUCCAAAAAUCCUUGUGAAAUCUGAUUCCCAAAAUAGCGAUUGACAAGGGCAAUGUAAAUAUAUUUGUAGCGAAAAUAAUUUUUGUGCCGAUACUCUAACAUAAUAGGAGGCAUCAGACUUCUUGUACGGAGAUCUAUAUUUCUUUGAUAUAGUCCAAAAUAUAAACAUCUGCUUCUAGACUCUAGAGCACUAGAGCAUGACUAAGUCGAAUGUGAAUUAUGUA